AUGGAUCAUGAUAAAGAUAUGCUUUUUAAGGACAAUGAGCAGCUUUAUGGAGCUAUUGAUUCUGAUGAAGAAUGUAUUAGGUAUGAAGUCAAUUCUGAUGGAGAGGAAGAAGGAGAUGGGUACCCUGAGUUCAACCCGAAGACUGAUAUGCUUAAUCCCCGAUUCUGUAAUGGUAUGAAGUUUGCAACUGCAAAGAUUUUAAGAGCUGCUGUUAGAGAGAGGGCAAUUCAACCUUCUUUUUACAAAACUGACAGCUGGCGAGUUGAUGUGAUCUGCAAAGCUCAAAAUUGCCCAUUUGAGCUAUAUGCCUCUAAGAUGCAGCAUGAAAGCACGUUGCAAAUCAAGAGAUACAACGGGAAACACACAUGUGCAAGAGUGAAUGUAAACAGUAGUGUUAGGGUACCAUACCUAAUAGAGAAGUUUAGUGAGCAGAUUAAGUUAAACCCAGGCUGGGACACAGAAGCACUCCGACAACAAAUGCAGAGGGAAGUGAAGGCAAAAGUGUCUUACCAGCAGGCAUACCGUACUAAGAAGGCGGCAUUGGAGCUUCUAGAAGCUUCAAUCAGAGAGCAAUAUGCAAGACUCAGGAACUACGGAGCUGAGCUUGUAAGAGCUGAUCCAAACACUACCGUUGAUAUCAAGUGUGACUUCCCUCAUGGAGAUAGAUUACCUGUUUUCAAGAGAAUGUAUGUAUGUUUAGGUGCUCUUAAGAUGGGAUUCAUAAUUGGAUGUAGGCCCAUACUUGGCCUAGAUGGUUGUCAUUUGAAGAGUGUUUAUGGUGGGCAGCUAUUAACAUCUGUGGGUUUAGAUGCAAACAACUCAACGUGGGUGGUGGCCUACGCAAUGGUAGAGAUGGAGAGUAAGGACAGUUGGUUGUGGUUUCUAGACCUCCUAGCCAAAGAUUUGAUCAUAAAAGAUGAAGGAGAUGGAUGGACAUUCAUAAGUGAUAAACAAAAGGGGUUGAUACUUGCUUGUGCUGAAAUGUUGCCUCUUGCAGAUUAUCGAUUUUGCGUUAGACACUUGUGGACAAAUUUUAACAACUUAUUUCCUGGGAAGGUGAUGAAAGACCAACUUUGGGCAUGUGCAAAGGCAACCACAGAGAACUACUUCCUCAAGGAAAUGAAUAUAAUGAAUACACUAGAUCCUAUCGCCUAUGAUUGGCUCACAAGUAAAUUUGGUUCCAAGUGGUGUUAA